AUUUUCUUACUGUCUUAAAACUAGAAAAGCAAAUGGCUGCUGGAAGGGUAGCUCACGUCACGCUUAAAGGACCGAGUGUCGUCAAGGAGAUAUUGAUUGGAAUGGGAGUGGCUUUGUUUGCUGGUAGCUUUUGGAAAAUGCAUCAGUGGAAUGAGCAGAGGAAAGUAAGAGCGUUCUAUGAUCUACUCGAGAAGGGUGAGAUCGGUGUCGUUGUCGAUGAAGAAUAGAUCUUACACUCUAUCAUGAUAUUGUUGAACACAUUCAUCAGUUUGUUUAUCACUUUUUGAAAACCUCUUUGUUUUGCUUUUUGGAUUAGAGAUGAUGACCUGUUUAUCUUUUGCAUCAGUUUCUACAAAUAAGAUAUGAGAGAGAUUUUGGUGGACUUAAUAAUAAACCUUAUUUCAUGAUUUAUUAGCCUUUUGUGCAUCAUCAGAGCCAAAAGGCUAUCCUGGAAUUCUGCAAUGCAGUGAUUGUUAUGGAGGGCAUAGAGUAAUUGUUAUGAUUUGCUAGA